UUUGUUCCAUCUUCAUCAUGCACUCAUUUUCCCUAUAUAAAACACAAUAGCCCUUACAAGUAUCAGCUGGGAAGAACAAUAUUAAUGAAGAAGGUUAUGGCUUGUGAGAACAAGAAGAUACUGAUAUUUGGAGCCACAGGGUACCUAGGCAAGUACAUGGUGAAAGCAAGCGUUUCAUUGGGCCAUCCAACCUAUGCUUACGCCCGAUCAAUCAAACCCAACACUCACCCUUCCAAGCUUGAGCUGCAUAAAGAAUAUGAAGCCAUGGGAGUCACCAUCUUCCAAGGUGAACUCGAUGAGCACGAAAAGCUAGUCGCAGUGCUUCGACAAGUUGACAUUGUAAUAUCUACAUUGCCUAUUCCUCAGCUUCUUCAACAGUUCAAAAUUAUCAACGCCAUCAAAGAUGCUGGAAAUAUAAAGAGAUUUAUUCCGGCAGAGUUUGGAGAUGAUCCAGAAAGAGCAAGCGCGCUGCCGCCUUUCGAGGCUAUACAUGAGAAUAGAAGGGUGAUUAGAAGGGCGACUGAAGCAGCAGGAAUUCCGUGCACUUAUGUGUGUGCAAACUCAUUUGCUGCAUAUUUUGUUGAUUAUUUGCUUCAUCCUCGUGAAGAACUUGAGGAAGUCAUUGUUUAUGGCACUGGUGAAGCCAAGGCUGUGUUGAAUUACGAGGAAGAUAUAGCCACCUACACAAUAAAAGCAGCAACAGAUCCAAGGGCAGCCAACCACGUUCUCACUUGUAAACCGCAACGAAACAUUAUAUCUCAGCUGGAUUUGAUUUCUUGUUGGGAAAAGAAGAAAGGACGGAUGCUCAGAAGGAUUCAUAUCCCAGAACAAGAAAUCCUCAAUCACUCUAAGACUCUUCCUCCCCCAGACAAUAUACGUGCAGCAAUCAUUCACAGCUUAUUCAUCAAAGGUCAAAUGAGGAUUGAACACACAGCAAACGACCUAGAGGCCUCAGAAUUAUAUCCCGAUUACAACUACACUUCCAUUGAUAACUUCCUUGAUAUUUGCUUGGUUGAUCCUCCCAAGCCAAAAUUAGCAACAUUGACCUAGUGAGCACAAGGCAAAGUUUGAUGACAAGUGGGCUUGGUAGGAGUGCCAACUUCCUACUGUGUAGGGUGACUCCCUUUAGCUAUGUUUAUUUGGUUUUUGUAACAAUGCAUGACAGUACUAUCGAUUAUGCUUGGCACAACACAUACUUUGUGAUUACCGUUGUGUGCGUAACUAUUAUGCUCUGAACUAAUGUGAUAAUAAUAGGGUUGAACCCUAAUGUGUCCCCAAGUGAGAAAGUUGCGUAAGAUAACUUUUAAUAUUUUUAAUAAAGAGUCAUUUGGUUUAAAUUUA